UGUCUCUAGACGCCAAGGGGGAGGAUUCAUGGCGGCGUUUGGGGCACAUCUUAUCAAAGACGCACAGCACGUGCCAGUAGGUGAGGUCUACACAUUGGGCAAGCAACUGGGCGCGGGCUCGUUCUCCAAGGUCUACCAUGGCGUGCACAACAUCAGCGGUGAUGAGGUGGCGGUCAAGAUCAUCGACAAGGACGCUGUUGGAGAAAAGACACACAUGCUGCUGACCGAGGUGGAGAUCAUGCAAUCUAUCGACCACCCGAAUGUUAUUACGCUCCUGGAGAUCUUUGAGACGCCGUCGCAACUCGUGCUCGUCAUGGAGCUGGUCAGUGGCGGCGAGCUCUUUGAGCGCAUUGUGCAGAAGGGCAAUCUGUCCGAGGCCGAGGCUGCAGGCAUUGUGCGGCAAAUCCUCCAGGCGCUCAAGUAUCUUCACAGCCGCAACGUUGUCCACCGCGACCUCAAGCCAGAAAACCUGCUGUUUGCCAAGCCGGGCGCCGGCGGCGUGGUCAAGAUUGCCGACUUUGGCCUCUCGACUGUCUGUGACGACGGCUCGUGGCUGCAGACAGCGUGUGGAACGCCUGGCUAUGUCGCACCAGAGAUCCUGAAGUCGUCGGGCUACAGCACGCCGGUUGACUUGUGGUCGGUCGGAGUCAUUCUGUACAUUCUGCUCUGCGGCUUUCCGCCCUUCUACGACGAGAACCUCUCGGUUCUCUUUGACCAGAUCAUGUCCGGCCAGUUCGACUAUCCUUCGCCGUACUGGGACCAUGUCUCUGACGAAGCCAAGGACCUCAUCGAAGCCCUCCUCACCGUCAACCCCAAGACGCGCCUCACUGCUGCCGAGGCCCUCGACCACGAGUGGCUAGCUGUCGAUGCUCCGCACACCACCUCGACUGGCAGCCAAGAGGCCAUCAUCCGCUACAAGCAAGAGUUCAAAAAGGCAAUUCUAGCCCGCCUUGCAGUCCACAAGUUUGCCUCGUCGCUAGCGCUGCUUGCCCAGGAAGCACCUUAGCCGCUCUUGUAAAUGACUGCAGGCAUUCAA